AGUCUAGUCGUGACGUCAAUACAUGUAUUGAAAUGCAGUGAAUAUAGCAUUAAAAAUAUAUUGUAUUUAUUAGUAGUAAACGAGUGGUGAAUGUAUUCAUUAUAAUCAUUAGUAUUACUCAAAAAUCAAUGUCUUAUUUAUAAUAAUAAUAGUUAUAAUAAUUGUAUUAUAAAUAGUGUUCACAAUUAAUAUCGCGAUUAAUAGCCCAACGAUUGGCUCGUGUUUUGCUCUGCCAUUCAUUAGCACUACAUAUAUAUGCAAACCAUUGGUUUGUUUUGACGCAAUCCUAACAAUAGUUUGUGUUUUGGUUUCAAUGCAGUCAAUACAACCACAACAACAACACAUCAAUACUAAUCAUGUUUUCAAUACUGCUUUAAUUGUCACUACAACUCAUCCAUCGAUUCAUUGAGACACCCAUUCAUACAGACAUCUCAUUAUAGGCUUUCAUUUCAAUCAUCAAAACCAAUAAUCAUUUGUAUUGACAAACAAUAGCCCAAAUCGACGGCCAAUUUCUCACUCACUCUUAAACACCAUUUGAAUUGUGUUUUCAUUAAUGGUUUCAUUCAUUGAUUAAUUAAUACAAUAAUUUAGUGGACGUCUCGUAGGGUUGAGAAUAUCAACCAUCGAUUAGCCGCCGAAAGCAAUGAUGGCUUCAAUUGAAAAACAAUUACAAAACUUAAGACAACGACUGAAUCUGGAGAACAACGACUCGUCGUUCGGCCAAAACGGUGCUCACAAUCAGACCGCCGGCGCCGCCACUCACUCCUCGCAGACCAACAGUCCUCUCCAUCACAGCCGGAGACCACCGCCUCCUCCGCCGCCCACUAACCAGUCGUCGUUGUCGUCGCCAUCCACUGGUUCACAGCCGCCGCCCCUCCAGACGCCUCCCACUCCGCCCACCCCUUCCUAUAGGGUGGGUCCGGGUUGGACGCCGGGAGCGCCCGUUCAACAGUUCCCGCGCCGUCAGUAUUCGUUAAGCGCUACUCAACGCCAAAGUAAUAACAAUUUGCAGUUGAAUUUGAGUCACGUGUUAACCAAUAACCGCAAUAAUAAUGACCAAAACACGGCCGUCGGCUCGCAGUCACUCAACGCUCAAUGCCUUAGUCCCAGACCUCGACCCAGAAAUCUGAUAAUUGGGAACAAUCUAUCGCCAGGACGUCCCGGAAGUCCCUCCAGAAAUGUCAAACCGAUUCCAUUCCCGAAACCGAACGCAAUGACUGUUAAUAAGUUUAAUAACGCUAAUGACGACCAAAAGCUCAAUGAGAUGUUUAGACAAAACAAUUCACUUCUUAACAUCGAUGGCAAAACAUACUUAGCGCAAGACGUGGACCUGUCAUUUGUGGAUGAAUUGGGUUCGGGUUCGUGCGGACAUGUGGUGAAGAUGCGUCACACGCCGUCCGGCAAAGUGGUGGCCGUUAAGCAAAUGAGACGAAGCGGUAAUAAAGAGGAGAACAAACGAAUAACAAUGGAUUUGGACAUAUUGUUGGCCUGUCAUGACUGCCCUAAUAUAGUCCAGUGUUACGGUUACUUCAUUAAAGACACCGAAGUGUGGAUCUGUAUGGAACUGAUGACCACCUGUUUUGACAAAUUGCUUAAGAAGUUCAAGUGUCCCAUUCCUGAGCCUAUUUUAGGCAAAAUAUCUGUAGCUACAGUAAAAGCGUUGAAUUAUUUGAAGGAUACUCACGGGGUUAUUCAUCGAGACAUUAAACCGUCUAAUAUAUUGAUCAACGAUCAAGGAGUGGUCAAACUGUGCGACUUUGGCAUCAGUGGUCGACUCGUCGAUAGCAAAGCCAAGACCCGUUCGGCCGGUUGUGCCGCUUAUAUGGCGCCCGAACGCAUAGAUCCGCCCGACUCUGCGAACCCUUCCUAUGAUAUCAGAGCUGACGUUUGGAGUCUUGGCAUAACAUUAGUAGAGUUGGCGACCGGAAAGUUCCCAUACCAUGAGUGCAACACCGACUUCGAAGUGCUCACUAAAGUCAUUCAGGAGGACCCGCCCUCUCUCCCACCCGAGAGCGGAUUCUCACAUAAUUUGUGCAGUUUUGUCAAAUCCUGUCUUACAAAGGAUUAUAAAAAGCGACCAAAAUAUAAGAAAUUAUUGGAACACCAGUUUAUAAGGCAUUACGAGAGAGUGGAUGUGGACGUCGGCCACUGGUUUACAGACUUAAUGCGAAUCGAGAAACUCAUUGAAUCGGAAUUAAGUGCCAAUUGAUUUCAAUAGCAGUCUAUUGCGAAACAUAAAUACAAUGUGUUUGGAUGUCAUCGUAUUGGCCAUCAAUUCAUGUCUUUUGUUUAUUCAGUUAUUAGUUUUGUUUCUUCUCAUCGUUUGAUUUAAUCAUUAAUGAAAAACAAUAGGAAAUAAUUUUUCGCUCAAUUUUUUAUGUUUCGAUAGUAUUU